AUGGUGGAUACUGGAAAAUCCCAUCCGACCCGGGAAGAAAAGGCCCAACGAGCUACAAAGCAGCAGAAGGUCAGCCAUACCUUACAAUGGGGCCAGGAAAGGUCGGACACUCAACCUCCUGAGCCACAAGCUUGGUUGCCAUCACCUAUGCACAGUGGGGAGCCCCUGAGGGAUGAGGCAUCACUUAGGGAUUUCAACGGUGGCAUUGGGUGCCACGUAGCCUUGGCCGUAGAGGAGGCUUUAUUGCUUGCAAGGGAUAUGGCCGAGCUAAAAAAUGCAAGGAAGAAUAAACUCAUCCUUAACAAUAAAAGAUAUUUGGGAAUAGUUAUCCAAAAUACUUUUAGACCGGAUGAAAUGUUCAAUAACUGUUACCAACAGUUAGAGAAUGAAAGGAAAAAACGGAUGUCUGCCGUACAAACUUUGACCAUAUCGGAGCACAACCUGGCCGAGGCGAGGAAAAAAUUGACUGCUAAGGAGCAGGAUCGUCGUAGCGCUGAUUCGGCCUUGGAAGGCACACAAAGGCAAGCCGAGGAUCAGAGGAAACGCCCACGCGAAGCAAAUGAAGAAUUGAAAGCUGCCAGGGAGCAAUUGGCAGCCCUUAAAAAGCAGCUGGAGGAAACCCAACGGCUAAAGGAUCAAGUUGAGAAAUCCAAGAAGGAGGCCGAGAAGGCAAAGGUUGAGGCCGAGAAGGCAAUGGACGUGGCCGAACAGAAAGGUUAUGACCUCGAGGUAGCUGAAACCGAGGAAACCCUUAGGGCAGAGGUCCCAGUGGUGUGCCACAUAUACUGUGCCCAAACUUGGGAUGAAGCCCUUAAUCGAGCUGGGGUUGAGGCUUCAUCUGAGUUGAGGAAGGCAGAGAAUGUGUUUUACCCUCCUGCAAUCUGA